AUGCAAGAUUCUCAAUCGGACCGGCUCCCGCCACUUUCCGGCUGGAAAAGCGGGCCAGUCUGUUUCACAAUACCGGCUCGCACAGGCACUAAGAUCUGGGAUUUCGAAGUGGGCCGGCUCCCGGCGCCUGAUGGCCAGUCUGCAUUGCAAUCUUACUUACCACCCAGCAGAUGCGGCGUCCGGGAGGACGAAAUUGCCGCGCCGGGCCGCUUCCGAAUCGAUUCACUGGGUCUGGGCUCAGGCCCCAGGGUUCCUUCAUCGCACGGGACUUUCAGCUCCCGGUUGAACGCUUGA